AUGUUUGAGCUCACUGAAUUUUUAAUCCUUCUGAUUCUCUCUCUCUUAAUUGUACAGUUUCUGAAGCUGCAAUGGAUGCGCCAGAAGCUCCCGCCAGGACCGACUCCUCUUCCCAUCAUUGGCAAUCUGUGGCAUCUGGGCUUUGUGGUUAAGCAAGAGUCUCUCCUCAAGUUGAAAGACACCUACGGGAACAUUUUCACCAUGUGGAUGGGGCAGACACCUGUGGUCGUGCUCAAUGGGUAUGAAGCAGUCAAAGAGGGCCUUGUCACAUACUCAGAGGAGACCUCAGGAAGAGCCAAGUCUCCCUUGAUGACAGAUCUAAUGGGUGAAAAAGGCAUUUUUGUUACAAGUGGCCAUACCUGGAAGCAACAGAAACGCUUUGUCAUGACAACCUUGAGAAAUCUUGGGGUAGGAAAGAAAGACUUGGAAAACCGGGUACAAGUGGAAGCUCACAAACUGCUGAAGCUGAUAGCAAGCAAACAAGGAUCUUCCUUUGAACCCAAGAUUCCCAUCGUCCGUACUGUGGGUAACGUCAUAUGUUCUUUUGUGUUUGGUGACCCCUUUCCUCAGGACGAUGACUCUUUCAACAAACUGAUAAAAGCCGUCUAUCUCCUUCUCUUCGUGCCUUUUACUUUCUGGGGCAGGUUGUACGAUGCUUGCCCGACUGUUAUGAGUCACAUGAAAGGACUUUAUCGGGAGGUCUUCGAGAGCAAUGCCUUCAUUCACAACCUAGUGAGAGAGAAAAUGCAAAGCCACAAGGAAAGAUGGAGAAGAGGCCAGGAAAAUCAUGAUCUCAUCGAUUUCUAUCUUGACCAAAUUGCCAAGAGCAAAGAUGAUCCAUCAUCCACAUUCAAUGAAGAAAACUUGGUUCAAACAGCUGUUGACCUUUUAAUUGGAGGGAUAGAGACUGUAGCCAACACCCUGUGCUGGGGGCUGUGCUAUCUGCUAAAAUAUCCAGAUGUUCAAGAAAAGAUCCAGAAUGAAAUAGAUGCUGUUAUGGGACGCUCUCAAAUCAUCACUUAUGAGGACCGGGUCAAACUACCAUACACCAAUGCUGUGCUUCACGAGACGUUGCGCUUUUCGUCCGUGACAGGCAUCGCGACCAUGCGGUGCUGCUUGAAGGAUAUGACUCUGCUGGGAUUUCCGAUUGCUAAGGGAACUUUCAUAUUACCCAACAAGCACUCUGUGCUAUAUGACCCAGACUGCUGGGAAACUCCUUGGAAGUUCAACCCUGGACACUUCCUUGAUUCAGAGGGGAACUUUGUGAACAACGAUGCGUUCAUUCCUUAUGCAAUAGGUCGCCGUGCUUGCUUGGGGGAGCCAUUAGCUCAAACUGAGCUCUUCGUUUUCUUUGCUAAUUUGCUCCAUGCCUUCAAGUUCCAGCUGCCCGAUGGAAUAAAGGAUGUCAGCCUCGAAAGCAUCGUGGGAGGUACACGAGAGCCACGUCCAUUUGAGAUCCUGGCCAUUCCUCAUUAGCCUGCCCGCCUCCCAGACUGUACUGUAUAUGAACAAGACUCUGAGGACAGAUCAACUGCAGCUAGAUUGUACAAGUUAAUGGACUCUUGAUUGAGGAUUCUGCCACAACCAGACAAUCUUUUGAAACCAGCCUUCUCUUUGUUAAUAAUUUGUGACAACAAUCUUAUUGCCACCCUG